AUGUACUGCGGCGACGAGGUCGGGGCCUUCGUCGGCGACGUUGGCUCGCUCAGCUCCAAGUUCGGCUACGCAGGCGAGGACACGCCCAACUGCAUCGUCCCGUCGAUCGUUGGCUCCAAGCCGAACGCCCCGCGAUCGGUCCUCGGGCAGUCGGCGCUGUACGCGGCAAGGGACAUUGACGCGCUGCCGCAAGCUAUCUCGCUCGUCGACGACAAGAACGCGUACGACUGGGACGUCGUGGAGACUCUCUGGACGCAUGCAUUCGAGCAGCUGCAUGCUAAUCCGUCCGAGCACGCGAUCCUGGCAUCGCUCUCGCCCUUUGAUAUGGCGGUCGCGCCCAAGUACAUGGAGCUGAUCCUUUUCGUUGCGAAGGACGCCGUGCUCAACGCGUUCUCAUUUGGCAAGUCGACUGCGCUCGUCGCGGACGUCGGCGCCGGCAGCACGCGCGUGGUGCCUGUCGUCGACGGGUUUGCGCUCCACGGAUCCGCCCAGCGAUCCGUUGUAGGAGGCGAAGCCUUGGGCCUUCAGCUGCAAAAGAUGCUUCUCGACAAGCACAAGGUAGAGAUCCAGCCGUGUGUACGAAAAUACGGUGACGGCGACGUCCCCGCGGCGCUCGCCAUGUCGGACGCGUACUUGCAGUUCCGGCGUCUCGAAGUCGUGCGCGACCUCAAGGAGUCCACGUGCCUCAUGCCCGAGACGACCUUGAACGAAGAGCUCGCCGAGUCCACACCCGCAGAUCCGUACGAACUGCCCGACGGCCAGGUGGUGCUCGUUGGUACCGAGCGCUUCAAGAUUCCGGAGAAGCUCAUGCACCCGGACGUGAUUGGCGCCGACUCGACGACCGUAGCCACGUCGUCCAAGGGCCUGCACCGCAUGCUCUACAGCGCGGUGCAGUCGAGCGACGUGGAUGUCCGUCGGGAGCUCUUGAACAAUCUGAUCUUGUGCGGUGGCGGCAGCGCACUCCCUGGGCUCACGGAGCGUGUCCACUGGGAAAUGAGCCAGCUCGUGCCGUCAAGCCUCAAGGUGCGCAUCACGCAGAUGACACCGGUCGAGCGCAAGUUUAGCACGUGGAUCGGCGGCUCGAUCCUCGCGUCCCUCGGGUCGUUCCAGCAGCUCUGGGUCUCCAAGCGCGAGUACGAAGAGCGAGGCGGCGACCACCUCGCGUCAUCGCGUUUCCUUUAG